ACCAAAAUAAUUAUAUUGCUUCAUGUUAUUUAUGCCACAACAAUAUAAAUAAGAAAGGUAGGUUAAACAUUUAUAAUCACAAACAAAAAUAUGAAAAUGAUGGUGAAGCUCUCUCCAAUAACAAUGAUGGUUACUCUACUCUUUCUUGCAUUUGGCCUUGCGCAGGCUAGAUACUCGAUUUUCCCAACCGAGCAUUUCUUUUUCCAUCACACCAUAUCAGUGAACCAAUAUCCAGGAGUAUUUCCAAUUCCUCAUCCAGUUCCACCUUCGCCGGGACAUCCACCACACCAAAACGCGAAGAUAUCAGUGAACCAAUAUCCAAGCGUAUUUCCAAUUCCUCAUCCAGUUCCACCAUCACCGGGACAUCCACCACACCAAAACACAAAGAUAUCAGUGAACCAAUAUCCUGGCGUCUUUCCAAUUCCUCAUCCAGUUCCACCAUCGCCAGGACAUCCACCACACCAAAACGCAAAGAUAUCAGUCAACCAAUAUCCAGGCGUAUUUCCAAUUCCUCAUCCAGUUUCACCAUCGCCAGGACAUCCACCACACCAAAACGAAAUAUCAGUGAACCAAUAUCCACACAUAUUACCAAUUUCUCAUCCAGUUCCACCAUCGCUGAAACAUCCACCACACCAAAACGCGAAGAUAUCAAUGAACCAAUAUCCAUGCGUUUUUCCAAUUCCUCAUCCAGUUCCACCGUCACUAGGACAUCCACCACACCAAAACAAGAAAAUAUUAGUGAAUCAAUAUCCACGUAUAUUACCAAUUUCUCAUCCACUUCCACCAUCGCAGGGACAUCCACCACAACAAAACGUGAAGAUAUCAGUGAAGCAAUAUCCGGACGUAUUUCCAAUUCCUCAUCCAGUUCCACCAUCACCGGGACAUCCACCACACCAAAACAAGAAAAUACCAGUGAACCAAUAUCCACGCAUAUUACCAAUUUCUCAUCCAGUUCCACCAUCACCAGGACAUCCACCACACCAAAGCGCGAGUAUAUCAAUGAACUAAUAUCCAUACAAAUCUCUUUGUCAUUCGGGUUAUAAAAAAUGUAUCCCAUAAACUAGUAUGUUUUUAAAUGGAAAAUUUAUAAUAUAAGACAACAUAAGAUAUGUUGUAUUAUUGUGAAUUUUUAUAUUAUAAAUCUAUAUUACUUCAUCCAUAAUUAGAGCUAUAAUAUUUAGCAUAAACAUAUAUAUGCUAAUGGUACCUUAUGUUUCAAUAUUAAUGUCAAAUUUGAAUGGCUA